AUGGCCACCGCCACGGCCGUCCUCCACCACCCGACUCCCACCGCCGCAGGCAUCCUACGCACCCCGAGACCCCAGUCCGCGUACCCCAUCUCCCUCUCAUCGUCCACCGACGGCUCUGCAUCCUCCUCGGCGUCUUCAACAUCGUCGCACACGUCCUACACCGAUGCCUCCAUCCCCCGCAGCCAGACCCCCCACCGAAAAGCCUCGGGCCCCUCCCCGCCCGUGCACAACAGAACACAGCCCCCCGCCCCGGCUCGCCGCAUCCGCUUCGCGCCCCUCCCAGACCCCCGCCGCGCCGUCCUCGUCAUGGACGACGGGAACGAGCUCCCCAUCCCCGACGACACACACUUCCCCGCCGCCGCCUCCAUCGCCGUCAUGAACGCCGUCAGCGGCUCCGGUGCGGGCCCUAUGACCACAUCAUCGCUUUCUUCCUCCUCCGAAGCCUGUGACCCUGACCUUCCAAUCUCCACCCUCGUCCCGCCGCAACAACAUCAACAUCCACACCACCACCAGCACCACCACGACGAAAAUGCAGCGAGCAGCAGCAGCUCUUCGUCCAAUUCCUACUUCUCCAACUCGUCGCUGCCAAGCUCGGCUACGUCCACACCGCGCACGGCCACCCCAAGCGAUUUUGACAACAAAGACUCGCCCGCAUCGUCCGUCGGUUCUUCGCCGAUAGCCCACAACUCCUCGCUGCCCUUGCCCGAGCACGGCCAUGGUGCCCCGCUGCAGCCCGUGUCCUCCAACACCCCCACCGCAGUGCCCUCGUCACGGCCCAAGCACCGCUCGAUAUCCAACCUCAUCCCAUUUGGCAAGCGCUCGUCCGCCUCAUCCUCCGGGUCGAGCUCGCACUCGCUCACCCCCACUCCGUCUAUCGAGAGCAACGGCACUGCACGCCCCGGUCGGAAAACGAUCACGACCGAGGAGAUCCUCACAUUCGGCACCAUCAACCUCUUCCGCACUGGGUCCCGCGAUAGUUCCCGCGACGACUCUGCCCCCUCUACCACCGGUAGCAGUACGACCCUCGGAGGGUGGGGCCUUGCCCGAUGGGCUAGUGCGAGUGGAGGCAGCGCGCCGAUGAGCGGCUCGUCCCCCCUCGCGCGCACGCAGAGCACACAGAGCUACAAAUCCAAGAACAAACGCGGCGCGAUAUCGCUCUUCACCUCCGAGUCGUCCUCCUCCCUCGCCUCCGAGUCCGCCAAGUCCUCCAAAUCCUCUACGACGUCCAAUCCCACACCGAGACCGACGAACAAACACAAAGGCACGCGCAUGCUCAACGGGCGCGUGUACGGCGCCCCGAAACGCAACAACAACAACAACAACAGUGGGCCUGCGGCGAACCCGUUCGCGAACGCGCGCGACGAAGAGCCCGAGUUCGUCGAGUGGGGUUAUGGCGGUAUGGGCUCGGUGAAAGGUGCGCGGUCUGCGGGCGUCGCGGGCUCGUCGGGUGGGGUGAACUGGGAGCGCCUGCACGGAGGCUCGGCGGUGCGCGAGGGCGUUGGUUGGGGAAAACGGAGUAGUACUGGGAAUGGGAACGCUAAUGGGAAAGGAGAGGGUGGCGAUGGGGAAGACGAGGAGGAUGAGGAUGAUGGGAGUGGGAUGGCGUGGGUGAAGAAGCGGAAGGCGGAGAAGGAAAGGAAGGCGAGGGAGGAGAAGGAGAGGCUGGAGAGGGAGGCGAAAGAGCAGGAGGAGAGGGAGAAGGAGGAGCAAGAGCAGGCAGAGGUCGAGAUGGAUGGAAGCAAGAUGAGCACCCCGACGCCGACGCGCACGUCUACGAUGGACGGCGGGGCGAUGGCGGAGCUCGCUGCUACUUCUGCGUCUGCAUCUGCCCCAGCGCAUAUAGUCGCUGUUGUCACCGACGAACCUGAAACCACCACCACCGCUGCUUCUGCGCCGACCAUCACUGCCGAGCCCAUGGAAGAUAAACACACCCCUACGCCUCUCGAGCUCGUCGAGCCCACCACCACCACCGCUACAACACACAUCUCACCCCCCGGGUCGGGCAUGCCAACGCCCAAUGCGAGCAUCCUCAACGCAGCCGCAGCCGAGUCUGCGCCUCCCACCGCUCUUCCCUCUGCUCUUCCUUCUGCGCCUCUCACCGCCACACCAAAGGAACACGUCCUGCAAGCCGUAACAGUCCCCGUCCCCGCACCGUCCGCGGGACGGAGACACCACCAUUCGCACUUGCAUUCGAUGUCGGGUGGGUUGGGUAUGCCGAAUGGGGUUGGGCAUACGGGUGGGCAUAAGAGGACGCCGUCGAAGGCGAGUAUCGCCUCGCGUGAUCGUGAGCGGGAAAGGGAAAGGGAGGUACUUGGAGGUGCGGGUGAGGGGUCGCUUGGAGAUCUCCAGGAGGAGACGAAGGCCCCGAAAGAGUCCAAGGUUCCGCCUAAGGAUGAGGGACUGCCUGCUGAGCCGAAGACGCCCUUAUCCACCGAGGCGCCCAAGCCGUCUACGGGUGACGAUACUACCCCUACACCCACACCCACCAAGACACCCAAAGGCGUCAACACUACUGCUACCGCACCUGCGUCUAGCACCGAGGGCGAACCCCGCCAUCGUGCCGCCUCCACUACCUCCACCACCUCCACCUCGUCGUCUUCGUCAACUGAGAGCGAGGCGGACGACGAGAGCGACUCUGAGGACGAGCGGGAUCGAGACGAAGAGGAGGAUGAUGACGACGACGAGGAAGAGGAAGAGGAGAAUGAGAGAGCGAGGAAGACGGCGCUGAGCGCGAGUGUGGAGAAGGUUAGUCGGCAUAAGGAGUAA